CAGCAGCCCCCCCCCCCCGCCCUAGGAGGCGAGACAAGAUGGCGCCCACGUAUGGACUCAAAGCGGUGGUCGGGGAAAAGAUCAUGAAAGAAGUUAUCCAAAAGGUGAAAAAGAAGGGAGAAUGGAAGGUACUCGUGGUCGACCAGCUGAGUAUGAGGAUGCUCUCCUCCUGCUGCAAGAUGACAGACAUCAUGACCGAGGGCAUCACCAUCGUGGAGGACAUUAACAAGCGGAGGGAGCCAAUUCCUAGCCUCGAGGCCCUCUAUCUCAUCACCCCAUCCGAGAAGUCUGUGCGCGCACUGAUUAAUGAUUUCAAAGAUGCAUCCAUCUUCAAGUACAAAGGCGCACAUGUGUUUUUCACUGAUUCUUGUCCGGAAGCACUGUUCAAAGAACUGGGCAAGUCCCGUGUUGCCAAAAACACCAAGGCCCUGCAGGAGAUAAACAUCGCCUUCCUGCCCUACGAAUCGCAGGUGUUCUCUCUCGACGCUCCGGAAGCUUUCCAGAGCUUCUUCAGCCCGCAAAAGGCAUCCGUGCGAAACCAUAUGAUGGAGCGGCUCGCCGAGCAGAUCGCCACACUGUGCGCCACGCUGCAAGAGUACCCUGCUGUUCGCUACCGCGGAGAUUAUGCCAACAACACCUACCUUGCCCAGCUGGUUCAGGAUAAAUUGGAUGCUUACAAGGCUGACAACCCGACCAUGGGAGACGGUCCCGACAAGGGUCGAUCGCAGCUCCUGAUCAUCGACCGUGGAUUUGACCCCACCUCACCCGUGCUGCAUGAACUCACCUUCCAGGCCAUGGCCUAUGACCUCCUGCCCAUCGAGAACGAUGUCUACAAAUACGACACGAGUGGGAUGGGUGAGAAUCACAUGAAGGAGGUUUUGUUGGAUGAAGAUGACGAUCUCUGGAUGCAGCUCCGCCACAAGCACAUAGCCGACGUUUCGCAGGACGUGACCAAGUCGCUGAAGGAAUUCUCUUCGAGCAAGAGAAUGGCCACAGGAGAAAAGAUGAACAUGCGUGACGUGUCGCAGAUGCUGAAGAAGAUGCCUCAGUACCAGAAAGAGCUGAGCAAAUAUUCCACUCACCUGCAUCUCGCCGAGGAUUGCAUGAAGCAUUACCAGGGCACUGUAAACAAGCUGUGCCGUGUGGAGCAGGACCUGGCUAACGGCACGGAUGCCGAGGGUGAGAAGAUCAAGGAUCCCAUGAGGGCCAUUGUGCCCAUCCUGCUGGACACCACCGUCAGCACCUACGACAAGAUCCGCAUCAUCCUACUCUACAUCUUCCUCAAGAACGGAAUCACGGAGGAGAAUCUCAACAAGCUGAUCCAACACGCGCAGAUUCCUCCCGAAGAGAGCGAGAUAAUCCACAACAUGGCCCACCUGGGCGUGUCGAUUGUCACAGACACCACGCUGCGUCGCAAGAGCAGGCCGGACCGCAAGGAGCGCAUAAAUGAGCAGACCUAUCAGAUGUCGCGCUACACUCCCGUCGUCAAAGACAUCAUGGAGGAUGCUGUCGAUGACAAACUGGAUGCCAAGCAUUGGCCGUACAUCUCUGCCCGUUCAUCGGCAACCUUUGGCACCACCGCCGUUAGCGCCCGCUACGGCCACUGGCACAAGAACAAGAGUCCUGGCGAGUACCGAACUGGCCCUCGCCUCAUCGUCUUCAUCAUCGGUGGCGUCUCCUUCUCCGAGAUGCGAUGUGCCUACGAGGUCACCCAAGCCAAUGGCAAGUGGGAGGUGCUCAUUGGGUCCACGCACAUCCUCACUCCGAAGAAGCUCCUCGAUGACCUGAAGAAACUGAACAAACCGGACGAGGAAAACGGAAGCUAGGUUGGAAAUUGAAAGUCUUACCUGGCGACGGGUAAAAAAACUAAAAGAAACAAGCAACUGCUACAAGACUGGAGUGCAGAUAAUUGGUAUGAAUGAAAGAUAAGCAUAAAUAAAUCGCUAACCACUUCAAUGUGCGUAAAUCUCCGUAUCGUCAGGUGGCUGCGUUGCCAGUAAAGUAUGAAUGUUUGAGGCUUAAAACUGCAGUACAAGCCCAGUAACCGUGCCAUCAUCGUGCUUGGUGUACCCUACACACACACAUAUGCAUUGACUGUUUAUUCUUCUAUACUGUUUAUUGCCUUCUAGAACACAUGUUGUGCACAGUGUGCUUGCUCGUGGUGUAAGUACAACCUGUUAGACCAUGACAACGCAAGAUGCCUCACUAUUGUGUGUAUUUGUAGACACGUGUGAGCCACGCAGUUAUUUUUUCAAAAGUUAGUGCUGCUGACUAAGUGGCACAUAGUUGCGAGAUGAAGUACCGGCUAUCCGGUGAGUAAACGAGAGUGUGUGUGUGUGUUAAUGGGGCUUUCUUAUUGCAUGAACAUGUCGCAAAUGGCUUGGCCUUUCAUUUUUACGUUCACAAGUGUCUCGCAUUAAUUGCAUUUUGAUUUGUAUAAAAACGGCACAAUUUUGCCUUCAGGAAACCGACGAAAUAAACCUUAAGCUAGUAUUAUCGAGGUGCAAACAAUGUAUGCACAAAGAGCACAACAGUGCAUUAUUCACAGUGACGAUUACAAGCAAUCCUGAAAGCGGUGGUCAGAUAAUGAAAAUUCGCGUGACAGCCUUGCGUGAUGAAGGCCUCACUUUUAAAACUCCAGGCCUGUUUUUCCAGGCCCUUAAGCAGGACCACGAAGCUGCCAUUGCAGUGUUUACUGAACGGAACAAUUAGUCCCCUUUCAGCAGUUGUUGGCACAGCACAGCACGCAGUAACCGUGUUCAGCGUUGCUUUGUUAAUGCGGCUUUCUUCCAGCAGUUGGGGGUUGACGCCAUCUCACGAGUGGGAAUAUUUUGAGCGAGGGGCAUCAUGACGUGGGCUGGCACGGGCGAUUGGAUUCGCUGACCCGAGUAUGGUCUACGGCUGUACAAAAGAGCUGCAGUCAAGUCCUUGACUCAAAUAACAGGGAGACAUUCAGACUGUUUGGACCAAAGGGAAUUGCUUUUAUGGGAAAUCAUAGGAAAUUAGAUUCCAACUUUGUGAGAAUACUCCACCAUUAAUUGACAUCAAAUUCCAAGACUUAAAAUGUCAAACUAUUUAAAUAUUGUUAUUACUGUAUUGCUUUAUCAAGUUAGAUUUUAUUUUACUUGCUACUUUAUACCUUUUGCUGAUCAUAAUUUAUUUAGGUAAACAUGGUUUCUUUGAUUUUUGCAUACAAUAUAUAUGGAGGCAUAACUUACGACCUUUGCUAUCCAGGUAGGCAGUAUAUACAAGCCAAAGGUUAAAGCACAAGAGGCCGUUAUGCUUUGAAAUACUAUGCUUUUUUUCUCUCCACUCAUGUACUAUAGGUGAGCAGGCAUAAAUCCAGCUGCAUUACUUGAAGAGUAAGUUUUCGCUGAACACCACACAUGUGACUUAGUGUUGCCUUUUUGAAAUCUUUACUUUUCAUGUCUUUUGACAGGCAUGCAUUUGUGGCUUCAGAUUUAUUUUAUAUCUGUUUGCUUUGUGAAUAUAUGUGCUUUGAAAGGAGCUACUUUGAUGUUCAUGUGGUGUACCAUGGGCAGUCUGAUCGGUGCGUGGUUUUUGGGUGUAAUGUUUUUGUGCUUGUAUAUGGAUGCGGUGUCGUCAUGUAUCGGCUUGAUUUCUGUGCAAUGGUGCAAUAGAUGUUUCUAAAGAAAUUAAAUACAUAUUCUGGCUUCACCACCA